GACUGGUGCUCGCCAUGAACACUGCCUUGCGCAUAUCCAGUUAUUCACGCGACACGCGACUUGUCCUUCCUCGACCGUCUAAUUUGAUACCUUUCACCCACCGCCAACAUAAUGCGUCUAUUCCACGUCCUCGUCUUUCUGACCGCUCUCGUCACUUCCACCGUGGCCUUCCGGGAUCUUAAUGGACAUGACAUCUGGAAUUCUCUCAAUCGAGCGUACCGCCGUACCUACGGCGAAGACUCGCACCUCGCUGCACGAGCCCAAGUGAACUGCAAGAACGACGGCAAGCUGCGCCGGCCCACGAAAUACGAAGCCCAAGGCUGCGUGCCCGACAGCUCGAGAGGCUUCCUGUCCGCGCAUAACUGCGCUAACAAGGGCGGCUCUGCGUACCUUUACCACACGGACGCGGGCACGAUGUGCAUUUCUGGAGCGAGCAAGCUCCGUGCGAGCAACAUGGAGAACGGGGAGUGCUUCGUAUGAGGGUUUGAUGUGCAUUCUUGGCUGGCUCUGUACGUCUCAGGAGUCUGAGAUGGGUGCAGUCGAUGGGCUUGUAUAGAGGUGGGCUCUCGAGGAGAAGGCCAUGUCGUUAAUAGGGCAGAGCAGUUACGGUAUGAUUUAUGGUGGGCACAUUUGAUGAUUAUAAUCUCUAUUUAUUGAAUAAAGAUGCCAG